AUGUCCUUGAAGCGCAAGGAGCCCCCACACAGCUGGGAAGGCGGUGAGAUCAAGGCGGAGAUGCAGGGCUGUUUGAACGGAGACAUCUACCGGAGGUCGCAUGGCAGGCAGAAGCGCAUGCGCUAUGCCCCGCAGUACUAUGCCCUUGACAUCGUCCUCGGGUGCGGCCUUGUGAUCGCGGGGUGGCCGCAGGACAUCCCGUUCACGGACCUCAGUGCGGUCGGCGGCGGGAUCGACACACUGCGCGAGAUCCGCCGGCGGUGGUACUUGCCGGACGGGGACCCCGAGAAGUUGCGCUUCGAGCCUGCCUCGCGCGAGGACUACGCGAACGCUGCACACGAUCCCGAGAGUGUCCAUCCGACGCCCCAGCACCUCCCGGAGCUCAAGGCUCGGGCCGCCGCUGCCAAGGCCAGGGCACAAGCCCUCCCCGUCGAGUCCGACGUCUACGACUCACGCAACAUGCGGCGGGUUGGCCGCCAAUCGACGUCGACAAUGCCCGAGCCCAAGGCGUGGACGCAGCAACGGCAGGACACGAAGAAGCGGCGGGCGCGUGCAUCGGACAUGGAGACACGGGUGCGGAAGAAGCGGCAGACGACGGGGGUCACAAGCAUGCCGUUCGUGCUGCAAGGAGCGGACAAGGUGAGCGGCGGCGAUGGCGAGCAGGGGUCGGACUCGGAGGAGGCGUACACGCUGGACGACCCUAUCACCGACUUCAACCUGACACGCUCCUUUGGCGGCGAGCUCUCUGACGACCCGAUUAAGGAUGCAUCGGACAGCAAGCGAGAGAAGGCCUGA